AUGGCUGAAAAUGAUUCGCUUGCUCAGCUUCUCGCCUCUGCAGUUGACGCCGCCAAGAAAGCUGGCGAGAUCAUUCGAAAAGGGUUCUACGAGACCAAACAUGUGGAGCAUAAAGGCCAGGUGGAUUUGGUCACAGAAACUGAUAAGGCAUGUGAAGAUCUCAUAUUUAAUCAUCUCAAGAACCUUUACCCCACACACAAGUUCAUUGGGGAAGAAACUACUGCUGCUUGUGGAGUAACAGAGCUGACUGACGACCCCACAUGGAUAGUUGAUCCCCUGGAUGGAACCACUAACUUUGUGCAUGGGUUCCCCUUUGUCUGUGUCUCAAUUGGUCUUACAAUUGGAAAGAUUCCAACAGUUGGUGUUGUUUACAAUCCAAUAAUCGAUGAGCUUUUUACUGGUGUACGUGGAGGAGGUGCAUUUCUUAAUGGAAAGCCUAUAAAAGUAUCAUCUCAGACCGAACUUGUGAAGUCUCUCCUUGCAACUGAGGCUGGGACACAACGUGAUAAAUUAACUGUGGAUGCUACUACAAACAGACUAAAUAGCUUACUUUUUAAGGUGAGAUCUCUUCGCAUGAGUGGCUCCUGUGCACUGAACCUCUGUGGAAUUGCAUGUGGGAGGCUUGAUCUAUUUUGUGAACUCGGCUUUGGGGGUCCUUGGGAUGUGGCAGGUGGUGCUGUGAUUGUUACAGAAGCUGGAGGAUGUGUGUAUGAUCCAUCUGGUAAGGAGUUUGACAUCACAGCUCAAAGAGUAGCAGCAUCAAACCCUUUGCUUAAGGAUGCAUUUGUUGGGGCUUUGCUGGAAUCGGAAUGA